GAAUAUGGCGGAGAUGGCAGCGUGAAUGUUGGUGGUGGCUGCGGCACUGCGCAGCUGACAGACGGGCGAGUCGAGCCCACGGCGUGCCGCGAGACCGGGACUUCCUCGUGUUCGGAAACAAUUCUACUGAAACAGAAGAGUGAACUUUUCAGGCAACAUUUGUAUUUUUAUUGUGACAGGGAGGACCAGACUUUUAACCAUGGGGAAAACAGAAUAUUUUAAGUGGGACAACUACUUGAAAGAAACUGGGUCUGUAGCUGCUCCUUCACAGUAUUUCAGACAGUCUAAGAUUCCCCCUAGCAAUGAUUUCAAAGUGGGUAUGAAGUUGGAAGCUCAUGACCCCCGGAAUGUUACCUCUGUGUGUAUAGCUACAGUUAUUGGAAUCUCAGGUACUAGAUUAAGGCUGCGUCUUGAUGGAAGUGAUAACAAAAAUGAUUUCUGGAGGCUAGUGGAUUCCUCUGAUAUACAGCAAAUUGGAACGUGUGAAAAGAAAGGAGGAAUGCUUCAGCCUCCUUUGGGGUUCCAGAUGAAUGCAUCGUCUUGGCCAAUGUUCCUCCUAAGAACCCUAAAUGGAGCUGAAAUGGCACCUGCUAUAUUCUUUAAGAAGGGUGCUUGCAGGGGAAUUGUUGUUUGCUUUGCUCUGCUCUGUAUGAGAUGCCCUCCCUCUGGGCGAGAGGAAUGCGACCUGAAAACAUCUGCCUUAUCUCCAGACAGUGGAGCCUGGAUCGUUGGGAAACAAAACCAAGAAAGACCUUGA